AAACUAGAAGAAGUAGAUUCAGUCAAUCAAGAGGCCUCUCGUCUGCCUCCAUUUCCGAAGCUUAGAAUUUAUCGAAUCGGAAAAAAUGGCCGGUUCGGCCUCAUCCUCAUCGGCCGGCACCAGUUCCAACAUCAUGCUCGCCAUCUUCGAGAAGAAAACCACUCAACUCGAUCUCUACCGCCCUCUUCGCAACUACAUCGCCUUCAAUUACUCCGAGCGCGACGCCCAGAACCUUGAAGACGACCUUCAAACCCUCAAGGACUACCGCUCCGAUCUCGAGCGCCAGUCCGAUCCUUCCCCCACCGCCCGUCGCGAUCUCCUUCAGAGCUACUUCAAAGCCCUCUGUCUCGUCGAGACCCGAUUCCCGAUUUCCCCGGAUAAGGACCAUGUCAACACCAUCACCUUCGUCUGGUACGACGCCUUCAAGCAGAAGCAGAAGGCUUCUCAGCAAAAUAUCCACUUAGAGAAGGCUGCGGUUCUGUUCAAUUUAGGUGCGGUUUAUAGCCAGAUUGGCCUCUCGUUCGAUCGCGCUACCGUUGAGGGGCGUCGCCAGGCCUCGCAUGCGUUUAUUGCGGCGGCUGGGGCGUUCGCCUUCUUGAGGGACAAUGCGUCCACCAAAGCGUCGAUUGGUAGUUCUACGACUGUGGAUGUUUCGGUCGAGUGUGUCGGUAUGUUGGAGAGGCUGAUGUUAGCGCAGGCUCAGGAGUGUGUAUUUGAGAAUACGAUUGCGAAAGGCAGUACGCCUGGUGUUUGCGCAAAGAUCUCUCGGCAGGUUGGUUUAUACUAUGAGGAAGCUUUGGCAGCCCUCAAUUCUCCACCUCUUAGCCAGCAUUUUGAUAAGGCCUGGAUAGCUCAUGUGCAGCUGAAAGCAGCUCUGUUUUUCGCCGAAGCUUGCUACAGGUACAGUUUAGAGUUGCACGAAAAUGAAAAUAUUGCUGAGGAAAUUGCUCGGUUAAGGAGUGGAAUUAGUGCUUUAACGGAGGCUAAGAAGUCAUCAAAAGGUGCUGCGGUGCAGCUUCUUGAUGCUAUUAACAAGUUAGAGGCCAAUCUUAACCGUAAUUUGGAGAGAGCUGUGAAGGAAAAUGACAGAGUCUACCUCAUGAGGGUUCCUAAUCCUAGUACUCUGCCUCCUCUCCCAGCUUUCUCCAUGGUGAAGUCAAUGGCAAUGAAUGAAGUGUUGGACGCAAGCAAGGAAAAGAUGUUUGCUUGUCUUAUUCCAGAUAGCAGUGCUAAAGCUCUUUCUAGGUACACUGAAAUGGUUGAUGACAUUAUACGAACACAAGCUGAGAAAUUGCAACAAGCAAGUGAGCUCACCCGCGUAAGGCUCAAGGAAAUGGACCUUCCGGAAUCUAUUCUUGCCUUGGAAGGAAAUUCUUCCUUGCCAACAGAUCUUAAAGAAGAUGUUGAGGCAGUGCAAAUUAGUGGAGGCCCAAUAGGUUUGGAGGCCGAGUUACAACAACUCAGGGAUCUAAGAAGAGUAAACAGUGAAAUGCUAGUGCAGAUUGAGGAGCUCCUGCAGAAAGAAGCAAGAGAGGAUUCCCAAUUCCGAAGUCAAUUUGGGACUCGGUGGACUAGGCCUCAGUCCAGUACAUUGACAAAGAACAUACAAGAUAGAUUGAAUAGAUUUGCUGGUAACUUGAAGCAAGCUGCAGAAAGUGAUGCCAGGAUUGAGCGUUCAGUGAAAGAUCAUUCAUCUCUCUUGUCAGUUCUUGAUCACCGUCCAGUAGAGUCUGCUCUCCCAACUCUUGCUAGGCCGAUAAUGUCUUUGGAUGCCAAUGAAGAUGCUAUUCUUGGGACCCUAAAGCAGAGCUUGAGGCAGUUGGAAAAUCUUGGUGCUCAACGAGCUGGUCUUGAAGACAUGCUUAAAGAGAUGAAGAGGAAGGAUGAUAUACUACCAAAAUUGAUGACAUCAACUGGGUCCUACGAGGAUCUUUUCAGGAAGGAGAUAUCCAAAUAUGACAAUAUCUGCGAGGAGAUUUCUCGAAACAUUGAAGCCCAAGAACAAUUGUUGUUGCAAAUUCAGGGCCAAAACAAUGAGUUUUCUGUCAUCUUUAAUCUAGAAGACUACAAAGCAUCCCGUGAAAGAUGCUACAAACAGAUUCAAGCUGCAGUAGCCAAGUACAGAGAAAUCAAGGAGAACAUCAAUGAGGGAUUGAAGUUUUAUGUGACUCUUCAGGAUGCAAUCACAAAUGUGAAGCAGCAAUGUAGCGAUUUUGUGAUGACGAGAAACAUCCAGUGCCGUGAAAUGAUGGAAGAUGUCCAAAGACAAAUGGCUGGCCUCAGUUUUCAGGACAGUAAAACCUCAGGUGGUGGCUAUAACACUAACUAUCUUUCUGUAGGAUCCCACAAUCAACGGUCUCACUCGUCGUCACAAUCGGAUGUUCGCCCACCUCAAUCUUACUACCAACCACCACAUGAGCAGUCGCCCAUUGGUGGGUAUGCUCAGCAACAUCCCCAAUCCCAUCCCCAACCCCAUCCCAUGUACAGUUCCGCACAGCAGGCACCCCCUUCCUACCACUCCUCUCCUGCUCCUGCACCUACACCAGGUACUAGUCCCUACCCACCUCACCCUCAGGCACCUCAACAACCUUCAGCGAACCACGAGUAUGGCCAACCUGCGUAUCCUGGGUGGCAAGGGCCAUACUACAACGCCCAUGUUCCACAGCCUGGAUCUAUGCCUCGGCCUCCUUACACCGUCCCGAACCAGUAUCCACCACAUCAGCAAGGUGGUUACUACAAGCAACAAUAAUCAGCAUCCCAUACCCUCUCAGCUGUAUGUUUUGUCUGGAAAGUGAUUUGUUUCGAAACAAUUGUCUUGUCCCUUUGCUCGGAUGGAUUUCAUUUUAGAUUGUUUUUCAUAUAGCUUACAUCUUUUUGGAUCUCCGAUGCUUAUCGUCUAUUUUCUUGCAGAAGGCGUAUGUGUAUUCUGUAUUUCAGUCGAGAAAUUUUUCUAUGUAUAGAUUACUAUUUUCCUGUUAAAGAUGUAAAGUACAAAUGACUGGGCAUUUUAAGUAAUAACAACAAUAACAGAAUGUGUUGGAACGAGUUUUAUUUAA